AUGGAGAUCCUACCGGCUGCGCCUGUAAAGGAACGGCAACGGACUUUAGUUACGGAAAAAGAGAUACGGCUUUGGCACAAAGGAUUUCUAAAGGACUGUCCUAACGGCUUACUAACAGAACAGGGAUUCAUAAAAAUCUACAAGCAGUUCUUCCCUCAAGGUGACCCGAGCAAAUUCGCCUCACUUGUAUUUCGAGUCUUCGACGAAAACAACGAUGGGUCAAUAGAGUUUGAAGAAUUCAUACGAGCCCUAUCUGUCACAUCGAGGGGAAAUUUGGACGAAAAGUUGCAUUGUAAGGCUUUUCGACUCUAUGACGUGGACAACGACGGAUAUAUAACACGAGACGAGAUGUAUAACAUAGUGGAUGCUAUAUAUCAGAUGGUUGGUCAAACACCCCAACCGGAGGACGAAAACACCCCACAAAAGCGCGUCGACAAGAUCUUCGACCAAAUGGACAAGAAUCACGACGAUAGGCUAACACUGGAGGAGUUUCGUGAGGGCAGUAAGGCCGACCCUCGCAUUGUACAAGCUCUCUCCCUUGGGGGAGAUUAA